AUGUCCGGAUUCCAGUCAUCAAUAUUCUCAGAAGUUAGCCCUCGUCGCUUGUCACACCGAAACGACACUCCUUUUCCAGAACCCCCGCUAGAGAUCCCCGAUAAACCUUUCGAUGAACACGGUACAGGCCCAACAUCACCGACAAGAAUAACUCCAGGAAGUCUCCUACACCUUAAACCUCGAGAACAUACUCCCUCGCACCGGCCGACGCAUCGACGAGCUAGAACGGAGCUAUUCCUGUCGAAAAGCGACCCCUUUAUUUCGCCUGGUGCCCUAAAGGAUGUCGAACUCCAUACAAAUGAGAAGGCUCCCACGCUGAAAACGGAACAAGGAAGCAAACUGUUUGCUGGGCUUUUCCAGGGGGAAUCGGCGCCAAUUAGAUUUGGAAUACUUCCCUCACCGACCAAAGAAAAAGACCCGAUAUCGGGCGCAUCUACGCCAAAUCAAAGUCGCCCUUCGUCCCCGACUAAGAAGAUGGCAGUUCCAUCCUCGUUAAAGAACAUCGCUUACUCGAAUCCGUUUUCCUUUUUCGGUGUGAAACAGCGGAAGGAAUCUUCCAAUAUGCCGGAACCUGCCGAGGAUGAAUACUUGAACCUAGAUAUCGAUUCUUUCCUCUUUCGUCCCGAGAUGUCGGGCAUCUCGCCCGAACAAGAUUUUGUCAACUUUCAACGCAAUGCUGAACAAUUGGUGCGCCAAUUGCGAGAUGCCUACAAGCAACGUACAUUCGCUCUGCACCAAGCACUUGCCGAGAAAGUAGAGCAAAAGGAGGAACUCGAGGAGACCCAUUCAAGGCUUCAAAUGAUAAAAUCUCAACUGAAUGGGAUGGCGGCUAAGGCUCUCAAGCAAGACGAGGAAAUGAAGGCGCUCGCUGAGGAACUAAGAUUGGAACGCCAGAAACGACAGCAGGAAAGAGAGGCGCGACAAGCCAGUAUUAUGCUUGAGAAGAGGUCCGACGAACUUGCUGAUGUGGAUGGGGCCCCAACAAACACCACCAGAAGGCACACUAAGAAAUCAAGUGGAGCGUCCAUAAGCUGCGAUUCUGGAUUUGAGUCUGCAGAUGAAAGCGUUUCGGGAAGCAUAUUUUCCAAAGGAACGGAUGACACGGCCCCGACACGACCUCCUUCUGUGAUCUCUACAACCUUUGACGUGCCGCGGACUCCGCUGAUUUCCACAUACCAGCCGUCGCCUGCGAGACCUCAGUCGAAUCCCCCAAUUCGCCCUUCGGCCUAUGAUCGGGUUCUUAAAGGAAUCUCUGCCGCUGGUUCCUCGCUGGGGCAUGUUGCUACUAUCUUACAAGAGGAGAAUCGUGCAUUGAAAUCACGGAUCACGGAGCUCGAGACUGCAGUAGAAGAAUGUAUUACCCUUGUUGGAGGAUAA